AUGAGCAAGAUCUUGGGUGUCUACGAGGGACUGCUGAAAACGCACCCAAAGAAGACCAAUGCCAUCAUGACUGGUACGCUUUUCGGUUUGGGAGAUGUCAUUGCACAAUUGGGAUUUCCGCAGAAAGGUUCCAAUACUAAGUAUGACUUUGCUAGAACAGCUCGAUCUGUGAUAUAUGGGUCGAUGAUCUUCUCGUUCGUCGGUGACAGAUGGUUCAAGUUCCUCAGUAAUAAGGUUUCUUUGCCCAAUAGACCCAAUGGGCACUGGACAAAUACGUUAUUCCGUGUCGGGGUUGACCAAAUGACUUUUGCUCCGACUUCUAUCCCAUUUUAUUUUGGGUGCUUAACUCUCAUGGAGGGCAAACCCCUUGAGGAUGCUAAAAAGAAGAUUAACGAUAGAUGGUGGGAGACUCUACGGGCUAAUUGGGCUGUUUGGCCAGCUUUCCAAUGCUUCAAUUUUACUUUUGUGCCUUUGCAGCACAGAUUAUUGGCUGUGAACGCUAUUGCGAUCUUCUGGAAUACGUUUCUGUCGUAUAAAAACUCGCUAGCAACUUCAUCAGAGCAUAAGACACCGGUUUAUUCACCACCAAUUGUAGACUAA